AUGCCUAGCAUAGCGACGUCCAUAUGGUACGCGUUCGUAGUAGCGUGGGGCGCGUCGCUCUACCAACUCUACCUCAAAGACCUUUUUGCGAUUACUUUCGGAGUUGGCCGUGUGAUGCAAAGCAUCGAUGAAUUUCCAGAGUUCAGCUGUCGUCGCCUCGUACAUCCGAGAUUGGAAGCGUGCGAGGAUAUCUGGCUGGAUGAUCAUGACAGGACUUUGUAUGCGGCUUGUGCAGGCACAGCGGAUAGGUUGGCUUGGAACCAAGCCAUGAAGGAUGUCAACGUAACUGGACGACGACCUGGCGGAUCUGAACUCAUCGCUUUAGACAUCGAUGAGCCUGGUGUUGACGGCUUUUACAACCUCCGUGGUAUCAAGCCGAUAGGCCACUACAGAGGAGCGACCGGAAAUUCGGAUCUUGAUCUUCUGGGAUUUGACGCUCAGAUCUUGGACGACAACACCAUUCGAUUCUAUCUAGUCAACCAACGACCACCAGUCGGAGCGUUCAACAACAUCAUCGAUGCCUCUAAGAGUGGCGCAAAUUCGACAAUCGAAAUCUUCGAAAUGAGAACAGGUCAAGAGCAGAUGCGACACGUACGCACCGUUUUGUCGAACGAGAUUUGGACACCAAACCGUGUUGCGGCGCUUGGUGACGGCUCGGGUGGAUUUCUUGUGACAAACGACCAUUCUGUCAAAAGGAGGAAGCUCGACUACGUGCUCGGUGGGGGCAAUGUUGCGUACUGUGAUGGAGCCGGCAACUGUCACUCAGCCUACGACGGAAGCGAGGACGAUGAUGUCGCCCAGCCAAUUGCCCACGACGAGCCAAAAUACAAGGCUUAUUUGAAUCAAGCACUCAGCUACCUUCCGAAGUCGAAGCUCAAAUUCCCUAACGGACUAGCUCGCGGCCGAGACGGUCUCUUCUACGUACCCAGCGCUAUAGACGGCCAAAUCCGCGUGCUGGCACUGCAACCCGACAAGACACUUCGCCUCGUCGAUACCAUUCACGUCGGCAUGCCCCUCGACAACAUCUCACCCGACGCCAACGGUGACAUCUACGCUGCGGGUUUCCCGAACCUUAUCCAGUCUGGCAAAGGCUUCGAUGACCCUUACAACCAGACGUCGCCCGUGACUAUCUGGCGCAUCAGGAAGACGGUUGACGUAGGCAGAUCUGGAGUAAGAAGUGUAGAUUACAGGGUUGAGAAGGUCAUCGAGGAUAGGGAUAGCAAGGUUUUGAGUGGCAGUACUACGGUUAGGCACGAUGCUAAGACCGGAAGACUGUUCAUCAGUGCUGCUGUGCAUCCAUUCCUCGUAGUUUGCGAACCGACUAAAUGA